AUGCAAACUCCAACAAAGGUCAUCCUCUCCCAUAGCAUUCAACUUUCUGGUGUGAAAUGCAGAACAACCAACAAGGACGAAAUGAAUCCUUCCACAGCAAGAAUUGGUCAACUUUGGGGUCAAUUCUUCCAACAAUCUACUCAACCAAUUCAAUCCAAAAUUUACAGUGUCUAUACCAACUAUGAAUCAGACCAUAAUGGAGCAUAUGAUAUCUACGUAGCCACUCCAUCAUCAGAAAGCAAUCGAAACUUGACCGAAACUAUUCAAAUUCCUCAAGAAAAUGAUGAAGAAUUUCUCGUCUUUUCAGGCAGUGGAAAGAUGCCAGAGACAUGCAUUAACUUAUGGCAGUCCAUUUGGCAAUAUUUUGACAAGCACCACGUAGAAUAUUCACGUGCCUUCUCUCUCGAUUUUGAAGAGUACGACGACAAGGAAAAUGUUAAGAUUUACAUUGCAUUGAAAAAGUAA